GUCAGCGAUUGUUACGUAGCGAGUGUUUACGAAAGAAGUAGUGUUACGUAGGGUACUGUACAAAUGUGGUGCCGAUAGAGACAAUAGCGUGUUGUUAUUGAUGAUUAAAACUUUUAUUUUACUCGAAAUGGUAUUGAUGGCCUGUGAAAAUAUGUAGGCGUUAAAGUAUAUCAUAUAUAAAUCGAGUGAUUAUGAAUUCGGAACAAAUGGUUAUUAACUCCCCGUUUGAAAAAAAUCCCAAAUUGAAAGAACAAUUAAUGCAAGAUCUAUUAAAGGCGAAGGAUAAUGAAGAAGAAACCCCAUUGUUUUUGUUUGAACAAUUAGAAAAGUGGCUUACCAGUCCACCAGCUUACACUACUGUCAGAGUAAAUACUGUAUUAAUAGAUGUUGCUACAGCACUAGAAAAGCUUAAAUCUAUCUUGGUUCAGCAAUGUGUCAAUAGACAACUACCAAUGCCAUCUAUUUUUGUUCAUCCAAGUCUUCCUGAUUUAUUGGUUAUUAAUUGCCCUCCUGUUACAAAUCAAAAAGAACCUAAUAAACAUGAAGUUAUUGUUGGAUGUGAAUGUGGUAUGUCAGUACUUCGUGGUGCUGAUGUGUAUGCACCAGGUGUUAUUGCUUGUCCACAUGGUUUAAAAGUUGGAGAUAAAGUUGCAAUUUAUGCAGAUAUAGAUAAUACUUGUAGAAGAGGUUUUGUAAAGCCUUUUCUAGGAAGAAAAAAAUUUGUUGGAAAUGGUGUUUUGAUUGUAAAUAGACAGCAAAUAUUUUGUGUAGAAAAACCUUAUGGACUAGCAAUAAAAAUUGAUGAACCAUUGUAUAAUUGUUGGUCAUUUAAAGAUAUUCUUCCUGAAGAUUUUUUUCUCCAGAAUCUUCCGUCUGUUCUUUGUAGCCAUGUUUUAGCUCCGAAACCUGGAGAUUACGUAUUAGAUAUGUGUGCAGCACCAGGUGGAAAAACUACUCAUAUUGGAAUUUUAAUGAAGAAUAAGGGACAUGUUAUUGCACUCGAUAAAUCCUCAUCAAAAAUACAAAAAGUUAUUAAAAAUGUGAACCUUUGUAAUCUUUCUUGUGUGACAGAAUUUGUUUUUGAUUCAACUAAAGCUGUUGAUAAUACUAAGACAGCUGAAGAUAGUGAAAAUAUCAGAAAAUCAGAAAGUAUAUCACCACCACCUUUUCCAAUUGAAUUGUUUGAUUGUAUUCUGCUUGAUGCACCAUGCAGUGCUUUGGGUCAGCGGCCUCAGUUAUCUAACAUGAUGACACCAAAAGAAUUAAAUUCAUAUCCUCCUUUACAGAAAAAGCUUUUUAAUGUUGGAGAAAAAUUAUUAAGAAAAGGUGGUGUGCUUGUUUAUAGUACAUGUACUUUAACAGUUUCUGAAAAUGAAUCAAUUGUGCAUUGGGCUUUGGAUUCCUUCCCGAAUUUAUCUCUGGUUUCUCAGCUAGAUACCUAACUCAUCUUAUUCUAUAACAGCAUAAGUUCGUUCAGAACAGUCAUGCAAGUAAACUUUAGAUUUUUAGUACUGGUUGUAAAUGAAGACAAUGCAAUAAAGAUGAUAUGUUAUCUCAAAAGGCAGAGAAUUCCUAGUUCAGUCUGACAGACUGACACCUGCUUCUAAAGGCAAGUUCUCAGUCCAAAGACAGAGAGGAUUAGCUAUGUAAUUUAUAAUUGUCCUAUUGUUUUGUUAUUUUAUGAAUAAUAUAUUUAAAUUGUUUCAUACAGAAUAUUAGAAAAGUCUGACUGUAAUAUUGCUAUCUGUUGAUGAAUUAGGUUCUACAAUCUCAAUAUUUAAGUUAUUUGAUCAACAUAACUUGAUUGUACAAUAGUAGCAAUUAGUCAUUGCAAUAAUACAAAACAAUUAUUGAUGAAUUAUUAGUAUUUUUUUACACUUUUAUGAGUUGC